CAUCACUCGCGACCAUGGCUCCCACUUCGGACACGACCACAUCAGCUCAGCCUUCCAAGAACACUAAGGCCAAGGAACAAUGGAAGUGGAACAUCUGGAAGCAAAAGACAUCAGAAGAGAAGAAAUCGCCGGAAGUGUUCAAUGUUCACAGAGCAUUACUUUGUUUCUACUCGCCCUACCAUGACAGACUCCUCAACGGGAUUUUCGUCGAAGGAUUGGUCCCUCCUACUGAGCCUCUCGUCGUACAAGCCAAUUCCAGCAUCUUGGAGCUCUUCUACACCUGGCUCUACACUGGCACAAUUCACCUUGCCAAAGAUCCAGAAAGCUGCCAAUGGGAUUUCGGUAUGAUAAAGCUUUACGUCUUUGCUGACGAGCUCAAUUGCACUGCACUGCAGCGUUCGAUCAUCCCAGCACAGGUGGGUUUCAGCGAAAGUCUAUCGUCAUUGGCAGGUUUUGAUUGUAAUGCACUCUUGUCUAAUAGCUCGCUUGAGUCUUCUGGAUUGUACCGGUACCACCUAGAUACCUUCGCGGAACAUUGGAAUGGCACGACCGAUGGUAAAAGCAGCGAUGCUCUUGCUGAAGACGUACUGCCGCGUAAUUUCGCCUAUCGCUUGCUGCUGAGGAAGUUUGAUGAGUCUUCGGAAGAUGAUGAAGACUGUAGCUGCUGCCAUGAUCCUUGCGCAUAUCAUGGUCACGAAAAUGAAGAGGAGCGCAAAGCUACCUGCGAAGCUCCUGAUGAUGAAGCGAAGACUGAGGAAUUCGACUUCGAGACUGAUACGGAGUCAGAAUCAGAAUCGAUCGCCGGACCAAACAACAGGUCCGCAGGAGAGAAGCGCAAACAUGAUGACGGAGAGACAACCACUUCAGAGGCAAAGCGUGUCAAGACGACC